CUAGUAGCCAUCCAUCAGCGCGGGCUCGGACGCCAUCUCGGCACCAUCAUCCUUUUCGCCGGGGUCCACGGCCAUUACGUCGCUUUCAAUUUGAACCGACUACAGAGCCACAGAGAUUUGCAUAUAGCUCCUGAACGUGGCUCUGCGUGCGGGCAAACCAAGCCAUCAGCCCGCACGGAAUGGUCGUGGGCCUUGGUUUUCGCGCGGCCGCGCGAGACAACCCCGCCAUCAUAUACCAAAUCCUUCGCGCGCUGUCGAGCGCAUCGGCCUCGACCGUGGCGCCAGGCACCGGCGUGGCAGCAGCACUGCGAGCUGCGACGGUAGCCGACGCUGGAACGCCGAAGGCGGAGGGUCGCGCCCUGCCGCGGUGGCUCCCGGCCGCGGCAAUGGCGGCGGCGGCAGCUGCCGCCACCAUGGUGGCUGCUGGAGGCUUAGUCGUCAGCGGUGAUGCCCCGCCGGGACCGGCUGCCGACGCAUCGGGGCAAAGCAACCAGGCAGCUGCAGCACGGGAGCUGGAGGACUGGCUGAAGGCCCAGGGCGCGGACGUGUCCAAGGUGCAGAUCAAGCCGAGCCAGGCCGGCCCGGGCGCUGGCCUGGGCCUCUUCGCCACCGCAGCAGUCUCCGCGCAGCGUCACGGCGCAUCCUGGUGGUCGUGGCUGUGGCCGCGACGUGGCGGCGCCGCCGGGCAGCGCGAGCCCACCACCCUGGCAGCGUUUCCCCUGGCAGCUGCUAUCACCGCACGGAAGGCGUGUCAGGACCCGCAGCUAGGCGAGCAGUUCAGCUGGAUGCUGGACCGACAGCUUCUGGACGAGCGUACGGCAGUGAUGGUGUACCUGCUGGUGGAGCGGCUGCGCGGCGACAAGUCGGCGUACGCACCCUGGAUCCGGGCGCUGCCGCAGAGCUUCGACGCGCCCAUCAACUUCGCUGCGGCCGACCUGUCCGAACUGCGCGGCACCACACUGGCCAAGGCGGUGGAGGCCGUGUCCCGCCGGAUGCGUGACACCUGGUCCCGCCUGGAGAGCCCCCUGGCGGCGCUGUGCCGCGAUCUGGGGCUGCGCCGCCCCACCUGGGACGACUGGGUGUGGGCCUACUGCGUGUGGUGGAGCCGCGGCCAGAGCCUGCCGGUGCCGGAGAGCGGCAGCGCCACCAAGGCGCUGGCGAGCCUCUCCGCGGCCAGCAACGGCCACGGCCAUGGCAACGGCGCUAGUGGGAAUGGAAACGGGGGUGGCGCCGGGCUGGCGGCUGGCGCUGUUCGCAAGGUGAACAUUGAGGUGGUGGAGGGGCUGGUGCCGGGGCUGGACUUCGCCAACCACCGCCACAGCCCGCCGCCGCAGUGCUGGUGGGAGGUGGUGGCGCCGGAGCGGCCGACAGGCAAGGACGCAACCGGCUCGACUGGCUCCGCCUCCGCCUCCGCCACCCCCUCCUCCGCCUCCACCUCGGCCUCCUCAAACGCCACCAUGGUGCGGCUGCAGCUGCACGCCGGCACCCGGGUGCGGCCGGGUGAGGAGCUGUUCAUCUCCUACGGCGACAAGUCCAACGAGGAGCUGCUGAUGCUGUACGGCUUCGCAGCGCCCGGCAACCCGCAUGAGUUCCUCAUGCUCUACUGCCCGAUCCCGCCGCAGGCGGAGUGGGAUGACGUGAUGCAUGCGCGGAUGGAGCUGCUGCAGUCGUACGGGCUGCGGCCGCAGUUCUUCCUCCCGCACCCAGACUCGGUGUCGGGGCCGUCGGAGGACGGCACUGCAGGCAGCGGCGCCAAGCGGGGUGGGAAGAAGCCGGCAGGUGGCAAGGCCGCGGCAGCAGACAGCGGCAGUGGUGCCGGCGCGGGCGUGCAGGGCGACGCGGCUGCAGAGGCCGCGGCCGCCGCCGCCGCGCCACCGCUGGUGCUGCCGGGCGACGUGUUGGACACAUUGGAGGUGUUCGUGCUGAACUUCCAAGAGCUGGCGCACAGGAGCAGGGCGCUGCAGACUCAGACGGAGGACCGCCGGGCGGCCCGCGCUGCAGGCUCCCCGCUGGCUGCGGUGGCGCAGCACAGCCCCGUGUUGGAGCUGGCGGCACUGCGAAGCCGACUGCCGCGCAUGGCCGCCGCCGAGCUGAAGCACUACCUAGCCAGCCUAGGACUGCGCAUGGCCACACUCACGGCCUUCAUCAGGCUGCUGGAGAUCAAGGUGUUGGAGCUGGAGGGCGCCGAGGGCACCGGCUCCCUGGAGCAAGACGAGCAGCUCCUAGCCCGCCUGGACGCGCAGGCCGCCGCCAGCCUUGCCGAGGAUGCCCCCGGCAAGCUGGUGUACCCCCCAGCACCGAAGCAGCAGCAACAACACAAGGAGCGGGAGCACGAGCGCACGCGGCGGCUGCGCGCCGCGCUGGUGUACCGCAUGGGCCAGAAACAGUUGGCGCGCGCGUGGCUGGUGCGCGCCAAGGCCGAGCUGACGAACCUGCUGGCGCUCAUGCGCGACAUGGAGACGCGCUGCAGCUCGCUGGAGCGCGCUAAGAAGUGAAAUGUGAGCGCCUGUCAAUAGUGCCGUGGGCUCCAGUUGCGGUUGAUUGAGUGGUGGUGUAGUGUAGGUCGUUAUGGCCGCUUCCCGUCCAGGGGCGUGCCAUGUAACAAAGUGUUUCAGCCAAGGCCUGCAUUUCGCGCUAAAACGCCGCUACGGAGGGGUGCUCUUGUGGGGCGUGAGGCGUGGCGUGGACGGGCCGGGCCGGUCCCGCAGAUGUAAUACCACAUCAGCUAAUAAGCGUUUACGUUGUCGGGAUUCUGGGAUUGAUUGAUGUUACAAGUUCAUGCUCGUAGAUUGGUCCAAACGAGCCAGGAAGCUCAUGGACCGCCAAAACUAGUCUCAAAAGGAUUAUUCAAAAAGCAAAACAGUUCAUGCAAUAAUAUAUCUAAAUUGGUCGCGCCGUAAGGUCGUUACGUCGCAGCCUUAUCGCGUGAAUGACACGCGCUAAACCCCUCUGGUCACCACUGGCCAUCGCGUCCAUCAUAGUCGCGGGAAUCACCUCCCACAGCGUGCUUCUGAUAUCAUCGUACGCCUUGCACUCAAGCAGCACAUGCCUCUCAUCCUCUACAUGCUCCUCCCCAUCAGCGUGGCAAAGCGGACAUACUCUCUGUGCUCUCUCCCUGUGCGCACCCUGCGCACCGCGUGGGUUGUUAGCCUCAAUCAUCCACACGCCCAUCCUGAAUCUCAUCAUGGAGACAUGCCAUGCUCGAGGAAUGUAGAUUUGCGUGUGCCGUGUUUCCCCCAUCCAAUGCUUGUAACGACAUAUCUUC